AUGACGACGAGAGUUCUAUCAUCGCCAUCGUUUAAAAGAGAAGAAGAAGAAUCAAAAGAUGAAUCAAAAGAAGCGUUACUCUUAAACAAGUUGGAAGAGAAGUACUCGAAGGCGCUGCGCAGCGGGUGCAGGAAGAAAAGGAGCGAAUUGGUGUUUUUGAGAAGCGAUGAAAAUGAUGAGAGGAGAAGGUUGAGUGGCGGUUUCGCGGGGCGAGAAGAAGAGGGAACGACAAAAGCUUUCGAGGAGGAAGAAGAAGAAGAAGAAGAAGAGGAGGAGUUUUUUGAGCUGGACGCGAAGGCACUUUUCGCGCCGUCUCCUGUAUCAUCAUCGGUGGCGUUAUUAAGAAGUGACGGUAAAGUAUUGUCGUCCGACGACGAGGAAAAGGAGGAAAACGAGGAAAACGAGAAGAAAAAGAAGAAAAAGCUCCUCCUCGUUCGAAGAGAAAAGAUACGCGAGACGAACGUUCAGUUGGACGAAGACGUGCGAAACGUUCGGGACUUAUUGGAGCGGUUGAAAACGAAUCAUUAUUACAGCAGCGAAAAAGCUACGAGUUUUAGCGAAACAACUCUUCUUGGUCGCGAGAGCGGCGAGUUUUUCGAAAAACAACGCGAAGAGGAUUUUUACGAGGAAGAAGUUAAAGAAGAAUCAAAAGAAGAAUCGAAAGAAGAAGAUCGAUCGCGACGACGCCAACUGCUGCUCCUUCAAAACCACCUCCUCCUUCCCACCAACGCCGAAAUCGCCGGCGUGAAUGCGACGACGCAAACACCGCGAACAAAAAAAACGGAAGAUUGGUCCGUACCGGCGGAGGAUCUCGUCCUGCUUUCUUCUUUUCGAGACGACGAUUCAGACGACGACGAAAACAACGAAAAUUUCGUCUCCUCAAACCCCACCGCGGAAUCUCUCCGAGCCGCCGGUAUUAUCUUUUAA